UCGUUGGUUCCUUUUUUCCUUCUUUUAAAGGCUUCAGAAACGUUCCACGAAUAAAAUCAUCAAAGCCUAGUGGUAGUCUGCUCAAAUUCCUGAAACCCUAAUGGAGUCUAAGGCAUAUGAUCCACAGCCAACUAAGAAUUCAAGCUUUAAAAUUCCUAGUCUGCCAGACGAACUCAUCAUUGAAAUCCUCUUAAGGCUACCAGUGAAAUCCCUCCUACAAUUCAAGUGUGUUUCAAAAUUUUGGCUUGCUUUAAUCUCUAGCCCUGAAUUUGUCAAGACCCAUCUCAGUAUAUCUGCUAAUAAUGACGAGGGUUAUCCCCACCAUAGACUCAUGUUGAAAUUGAGUUACCCUCGGUACAAUCUUAUGGACUGUUCUGUUAGCUCUUUGCUUUAUGACUCUGUUGCUGCUAGGGCAGUUGAUUUGGAUUAUCCUAUGAUAGAUCCCCGCGGUCAUGAAUUUAUUUGCGUUUUGGGUUCUGUCAAUGGGUUGUUUUGUUUUUCCAUUCCUAUUCCUGGAGACUUCAUUAUCUGGAAUCCAUCAAUUAGGAAGUUCAAGAAACUUCCUAAUCCUAAACGGGAAUGCUGUUACAUGUAUGGUUUUGGAUAUGAUGAACUUCAUGAAGAUUAUAAGGUAGUAAGUGUUUGCAGUUCUAACGAGGUUAACAUAUAUGGUCUAAAUAGUGAUUCUUGGAGAAGAAAUAUAGAUGAUGAUUUUCCGAGUUGGCGGCGACUGGAUAAGUCGGAGGGUAUAUUUGUGAAUGGGAAGCUUCAUUGGGCUAAUAAUACUUCUGAGAAUAAUCGUUCAUAUAUUAGUUGGAGCAUUAUUUGUAUUGGUUUGGCUGACGGGAAAUGGGGAAAGAUGGAGCUACCCUGCUUUAGGGAAAAAGAUUCUGAUGAUAUAAUGCCGUGCAUAUCAAUGGUGGGAAGUGAUCUUUGUGUGUCAUGUAAUAGUGAAAGCUCUCAUACAGAUGUGUGGAUUAUGAAGGAGUAUGGGGUUAAAGAGUCUUGGACAAAGAUGUUUACCAUCAAGCGUCCUCAUAAUGUUUAUUUGGUUUCUCCCUUCUUUUGUACAUCAGAUAAAAGUGAAUUUUUGUUUAAAUUUGGACCAGCUUGCGUGAUUUACAAUCAAAAGAAUGACUCCAUCAGAUAUCAAGAGGUUACCAACUCUGCCAUCUUCCGGGAUGCAAAAAUCUACGUUGAAAGCCUAGUUUGGCCCUUUUGCGAGAAGGAGCCAAGCAUGCGACGCCUACCAGGGAUGAAAAAGCUCAGAUGAUAGUAAUUUAAUAGCUUCUCCAUACAUUUUCUC